CAAAAAUAUGCUGGGAGCGUGGAGAUAACGUACGUCAGCUUGCAGUUGUCGCGAGCUUGGCUCAUUCCUCAUCCCGCCGCGUCCGCAUCAAGCGUCCUUCUCCCCCUCCUGGCUCAUGCUGCAAGUCUCUCAGUUCCGAGCGCUGCGCCGCGCGUCAGCCACUGCGCCCUCGAAUCGCGCCAAUGCCUUCCAAUUGACUCUAGCCCGUGCCUUCGCGGCGCAAAACGGCGACACGGGCGUCUCCCAGGAGGAACUGCUGCGUGCAUUGGAUAAAUUCCAAAAGAACUCGGCCAGCAAGACCGUUCCCUGGUUCCUAAAGAACAUGCCGCCCUCGUACUUCCGCUCCAUCGACGAGGAAGAUCGUCUACAGCAUCUUAACGCCAUCACGGCGCUCAUGAACGCGCAACAACCGGAAGUGAUGCUGCGUUCCACCGACCACCGCGUGUUCUCGCACUUCCGUUCGGGCGCGAACUUCCCCGGUCGCUUGGCUAACGUGCUCGACCAAUUGCCGCAAACCGUAGACGGCGCGACACUCGCUCGUGUUAAGAUCUUCACGUCCCUGGACGACUCUCUUGGCCUCGACAUCUUCCGCUUCGGCCAACAAGAGCCUUUCCUCAAUAAAACAGAAGACGAGCAGCUCGCUCGAGCGAAUAUCCAACAGUUCUGCGCUGAUAUUCAAGCAGGGAAAUACGCAGGCGACAGUAGCUAUCCGGAACCGGGUCCGCACUUCGAACCGGAGGCCGUGGACACGUUCCUCAAGCAUAGUAACACCAUGUACGUGCAGUACAGCAACCCACGUCGUCUAGCGUGGCAGAUGGAGCUAUUCAGCAACGUCCAAGGCACUGAGGGUGUCGCUGUGGACGUGGAGCACAAGUGGGAGACCCGCAGCGACGAGAACAAGCUCGGUGGCGGCGUCCCGCAGACGAUGCUCACUAUCGCCGCUUCUAAUGUCAUUCCUAAGGGUUUCAUGCAGAAGGCAGCCACAUAUCUCGGUUUGUGCAACCUCAACGUCGUCCGUGCCCACUUGGACGUGGUUAAAGACCCUCAGAACGGCUCAGCACACGUCGCAAUGAUCCGCAUCCUCGUCCAGCCCAGUGAAGAGGCUUUGAAGGACAAUUUCCAGUUCGAAUGGUCCAAAAUCUCGGGCAAUCUCAAGUAUCUCAAGUGGGUGGAUGACCGUCCCGUCCACUUGACGCUGCAGCAUCCGGACCUGGGACUUUCACGCGCUGAACUCAUCUACGCGUACGGCAACAUGUUGCACGGUGUGUUGGCCAAAAAGGACCCGUUCGCGUACUCUUUGACGCGUAUUAUGGAGACUCUGGAGCACAGCCAGAACCUGCCGUUAGCGUGGCGCAUUGCUGACUUCUUCUUGGCGAAAUUCGACCCACAACGGGAGCAUCUAAUGACCGAUGAUGAACAGGACGCAGUGGUCGAAGAGCUCAAGAAAGAAAUCCGUCGUAACGUGGAGCAUGAGGACGCCAUCUUACUGCUUAACAGUAUGGCUGAUGCAGUGCGUGGCACGCUACGUACCAACAAGUUCGUGCGCGAUCGGUACGCCCUGGCGCUACGUAUGGACCCGAAGGUUAUGGGCUACGGGACAGUGGGCAAAGACACUCCGUACGGCGUCUUCUUCAUCUACGGUCGUCGCUUCAAGGGCUUCCACGUGCGUUUCCGUGAUAUUGCUCGUGGUGGACUGCGUAUGGUCUAUCCUAGCUCUACAGACGCUCAUGCAUUGGAGAGUGCUCGUCAGUAUAACGAGGCGUACAACUUGGCAUUCGCUCAGCAACUCAAGAACAAGGAUAUCCCUGAAGGUGGCUCCAAGGCGGUGGUGCUCUGUGACCCCAUUGUGGGGCCUAUUGGCGACGUGGCUCCACGGGACUUUAUCUUGCGUAAGAGCGUCAAGGCCUUCUCGGACGCUUUACUGGAUCUGAACACUACAGACGAGGAGGUGAAGGCCAAGAUUGUCGACUAUUACGGCAAGGACGAGCUCAUCUAUCUGGGUCCGGACGAGAACAUCAUCCCCGGUGACAUUGUCUGGAUGACCAAGCGUGCGGGGUACCGUGGCUACCCGAUCCCGCGUGCGUUUAUCAGCUCGAAACCGGACGCCGGGUUCAACCACAAGGUCUAUGGCGUCACGAGUGAAGGCGUUGCUGUCUUCGCUGACGUCGCGUUGCGUUCGCAGAAUAUCGACCCCAAGAACGAGCCGUUCACGGUCAAGAUCACGGGCGGAACGGACGGCGACGUGGCCGGCAACGUCAUCAAGAUCCUGCACCGUGAGUACGGCGACAACCUCCACAUAGUCGGCAUCUGUGACGGCACAGGUGUGAUCGAAGACCCGCAAGGUCUAAACAUGCAGGAACUGCUGCGUUUGGUGCACGAAUCGCUGCCAUUAUCGAGCUUUGACGAGUCCAAGGUGUCGUCCAAGGGCGUCAAGCACGACAUCAACACGCAAGAAGGUAUUCGCGCGCGUAACUCGAUGCACAACCGGGUGAAGAGCGACCUGUUCAUCCCCGCGGGUGGGCGUCCCAAUACUAUCAACGACAACAACUGGCGCGACUAUCUCGACGCGGACGGGAAGCCGUCGUCCGGUCUGAUUGUGGAAGGAGCCAACCUGUUCAUCACGCCUGAAGCGCGUCAGCUGUUGUUCGAUAACGCCGGCGUUGUUAUCGUUAAGGACAGCUCGGCGAACAAGUGCGGCGUCGUGUGUUCAUCGUAUGAGAUCGUGGCCAGUAUGCUGCUCGAGACGGACGAGUUCUUGGCUGUUAAGGACGAACUGGUGGUCGAAGUGGUGGACAAGCUACGCGCCCUGGCACGCGUGGAGGCUCAGCUGCUGUUCCGUGAGUACAAGAAGGACCCGACGUCGGCUUUGCCGCCGGCCAGUGAACGGAUCAGUCGCGCGAUCACGCGCGUACAUGACGCCGUGUUGGCUCACUUCGACGACGUGUGUCAGGACCAGCAGGUUAUGUUCACGCUUAUCGAGGAGCAUCUGCCGCCCAAACUCCGUGAGUUGGCGCUGGACCGUGUGCAGCAGAACGUGCCGCUAGCCUACAUCCGCUCGAUUGUCGCCUCCAGUUUGGCCAGCAAGAUCGUGUACCGUGAAGGUCUGCAAUUCACGGAGGCGCUUCCGGACUCUAAUCUGGGCAACAUGGCGCUGCAGUAUCUCAAGCAGGAGAAGAAGGUGCAGCAGCUUGUCAAGGAUGUGCGUUCGUCGCAACUACCGCACAAGGACGAUAUUGCAGACUUGUUGGCCCGUGGCGGCGUGCGUGCCGGUCUGGAUACGCCCAACUAAACUGAGAACCAGAUUUGCAUAAAAAAAAAGAUAAGGCGAGAGAAUAGAUAUAUUCUUGAAAACUUAGUCAAGAAGCGUAUUAAUACCAACUAUGUUUAGCGUAAAGUUAGGCUGCCGUGUAGACCCGGGAAGACCAUUAUUUUAAGCCCUCGAGUGGCGAAGAAACAGGAGAA